CAGCAGGUGGGAGGAGAGUCCGGGAGCAACUUGGGCUGGAAGCGGAGAAGCAACUGGGCUGAAGCCUCUCAGCUGCGGCUGCUGCAGGUUCCCUCCCUCCCCAAAUGGAAGCCCACUGGUGCUGCAGGCUGGGAAACUGGGGGCUGCAAUUUCUGCUGACAAAGAAGAUGGCAAUGAGCACUCUGGACAACUGAGGAUAACAAACAACUUUGAAUAGCAAAACAAGUCAGUCCAGAAAUCAAAAUAUUUCCCAUUUCCUUCAGAGUGUCCCCCAGCAGGUGAGAGAGAAAUGAGAGAAAAUCAAGAAGAGAUUUCUAACUGGAAAAAUAGAGUGUGAAAUUAAAGCAUACAUUGCAUGAAAAGUCAAGGGAGAUUAUUUUUCCAUUCAGGAAAAGAGGGAAAUAUCUGGAAGUUACUGGGGAGGAAGCCACGUAGAGCAGACAGUGUUGCAGGCCUCGCUCUGGGAGGAAGAAAAUCACCAGUAAAUCAAAGCAGCACUAAAGGCAUUAUCCAUAUUUUUGACCACCUCAAGAAUAUUAGUUGUGGAAAAGCUCCAUAGACGUUUCUGUUCUGGGAAAGAUAUAACUUGCAAAUCACAGCUGAUUAUGCCAGAGGGGAUCCAGACUGGAGAAAAAUCGUACAAAUACUCUGAAUGUGGCAAAAGCUUUAGUCAGAACAACUUCAUUUUCUUUCAUGGAAGGACCCACACAAGAGGGAAGCCCUACAAAUGUUCCCAAUGCGGUAAAUGCUUUAGCAAGCAUGGCAACGUGGACUCACACCAAGGAGAAACCCUUUAAAUGUCCUGACUGUGGGAAAAGUUUCAGUCAAAAUUCCAACCUCAUUGGCCACCAGAGGAUUCACACAGGAGAGAAACCCUUUGAACAUCCUGACUGUGGGAAAAGUUUCAGUCAUAAUUCCAGCCUGGUUCAACACCAGAGGAUUCAUAUAGGAGUGAAACUCUUUGAAUGUCCUGAUUGUGGGAAAUGUUUCAGUCAAAAUUCCAGCCUGAUUAAACACAAGAGGACUCACACAGGAGAGAAACCCUUUGAAUGUCCUGAUUGUGGGAAAAGUUUCAGUCAGAAUUCCAGCCUGGUUCAACACCAGAGGAUUCACACAGGAGUGAAACCAUUUGAAUGUCUUGAUUGUGGGAAAAGUUUCAGUCAGAAUUCCAAGCUCAUUGGCCACCAGAGGACUCACACAGGAGAGAAACCCUUUGAAUGUCCUGACUGUGGGAAAAGUUUCAGUCUAAAUACCAACCUCAUUGACCACCAGAGGACUCACACAGGAGAGAAACCCUUUGAAUGUCCUGAUUGUGGGAAAAGUUUCAGUCAGAAUUCCAGCCUGGUUAAACACCAGAGGACUCACACAGGAGAGAAACCCUUUGAAUGUCCUGAUUGUGGGAAAAGUUUCAGUCAGAAUACCAGUCUGGUUCAACACCAAAGGAUUCACACAGGAGAGAAACCGUUUGAAUGUCCUGACUGUGGGAAAAGUUUCAGUCAGAAUUCCAGUAUGGUUAAACACCAGGGGACUCACACAGGAGAAAAACCCUUUGAAUGUCCUGAUUGUGGGAAAAGUUUCAGUCGGAAGUACAACCUCAUUGGCCACCAGAGGACUCACACAGGAGAGAAACCCUUUGAAUGUCCUGAUUGUGGGAAAAGUUUCAGUCGGAAGUACAACCUCAUUGGCCACCAGAGGAUUCACACAGGGGAGAAACCCUUUGAAUGUCCUGAUUGUGGGAAAAGUUUCAGUCAUAAUUCCAGCCUGGUUAAACACCAGAGGAUUCACAUAGGAGUGAAACCCUUUGAAUGCCCUGAUUGUGGGAAAUGUUUCAGUGAUGAUUCCAGCUGGAUUAGACACCAGAUAACUCACACAGGAGAGAAACUAUUUGAAUGUCCUGAUUAUGGGAAAUGUUUCGAUUAGAAUUCCAGCUUGGUUCAACACCAGAGGAUUCACUCAGGAGAGAAACCGUUUGAAUGUCCUGACUGUGGGAAAAGUUUCAGUUGAAAUUCCACCCUCAUUGGCCACAAGAGGAUUCACACAGGAGAGAAACCCUUUGAAUGUCCUGACUGUGGGAAAUGUUUUAGUCAGAAUUCCAGCUAGGUUAAACACCAGAGGAAUCAUACAGGAGAGAAACCCUUUAAAUGUCCUGAUUGUGGGAAGUGUUUCAGUGAUAAUUCCAGCUGGAUUAGACACCAGAUAACUCACACAGGAGAGAAACCAUUUGAAUGUCCUGAUUGUGGGAAAUGUUUCAGUGAAAUUUCUAGCUUGGUUAGACACCAGAGAACUCACACAGGAGAGAAACCAUAUGAGUGUCCAGACUGUGGGAAAGAUUUCAGUACUAAGGAUAGCCUUCUAAAUCAUACACACAGGGGAAAAACCAUUUAAAUGCCCCGAGUGUGCAUGAUGCUUCAGGAAACCUUCCAACCUUAUCGUACACAAGAAAAUCCACAUGAGGCCCAAAGUGAUGAGUGUAGACAGAGUUUGAAUUUCAUUUCUAAUGUCACCUUGUAAGUCCAGCUGAGAAAUUGACCAUUUAAUUUGACUACAAAGAAUUUGCCUGAUUUUUUGUAGGCAAAUAUCUCAUGAUAUUAGUCAGAAAGGAAGAAAGAAAAAAUUGGAACAUACUAGUUUGAUAAAGGCUGUCUGGCCAUCAGCAGCAGAAGUUGCUGAAUAUUUAUUUUUGCAGAAAUUGUGCAAUUAUGUAAAAAUCUUUUUGGGAGUGUUCUUUGCAUUUUUAUCAUGGUAGAUGAUAGAAAUGCCAGAGGCAUAGUCCCAGCCUUUUUCUCCCUGGGUGCCCCCGAGAUUUUCAGCCCCAGAAUUCCCCCAGCCAGCAUCUCUUUGGGAUAGGAGCACCCAGACUAUAGUUAAGAGAUUGUGGCUCCUCAUAUAAUAGCAAUAGCACCUUGACUUAUUUACCGCUUCACAGUGCUUUAUAGCCCUCUCUGAGUGGUUUACAUAGUCAGCAUAUUGUCCCCAACAAUCUGGGUCCUCAGUUUACCCACCUCGGAAGGAUAGAAAGCCAAGUCAACCUUGAGCCGGUGGGAAUUGAGCUGCCAAACUGCGCCACCAUGGCUCUUAUGAGGAGAAAGUGAGCGUAGAGUGGAGGGAUUCAAAGUUCAUCUUUUCCUAACUGUUCCAGGAAUUCAGCGCACGAAGCAUGUCUGUUCAGAUUGUGUCAAGAAUGAGGCAUGCAAAUGGAAGAAACCACAUAAAUAGCAAAUAUUUUGGGGGAGUUUGGGGCAGUGACAAAACCAGUGUAAAAUUUCAGAUGUAAAGGCUGUUCUGCCCUGCAGGUGACCUUCAUGAAGAAGAGCUGUAGAAAUAGUUGAGGAGAAAAGGGAUUGUGGUUUUCAGCACAGGGUCUCCAGGUUUAUUCACAACUCCUGCUGUGAUCUACUUUGUUUUUAGGGGCCUCCUUGUUAAGACUUUGACAGCUGGGGCCUGAGAGCAGCACCAAGGGACUGAUACUUUUGUGGUUCUCCCCUCUUGGUGGGGAGAUGUGAGAAAAAAAUUGUACAGUAGAUAAUCAAGCAAAAUUAAAUAAAGCCAACCUAAGAGUCAGAGCGGAUGGUCUAUAGAGCGAGCUCAAAAGCCAUAAGUCCCUACUCAGACGAACAGUCCAUUUCCUCAGAACCAAACUUUGAAGCUCAGAUUGAAAGGUGGAAAGUAGGUGUUAUAUUUGGAAGAUACUGGAUCUUAAAAACUGCAGCCUUGAAUUUGGGGCUGGAGUAGCAGGAACAGCUGUAUGGAUAGAUUUUUUGGGGAGGAAGAAAGCCCAGUUUGGUGGUCACCAGGCUACAGCCUGAGAGACGCUCAUUUCCGGUCCUGCUUUAGGCACAAAGCCAUUCAGAGGCCUUGGCCUGUCCCGUCCUCUCAGGUCUUUGAAGGGAAAUCUGCUUACAAAAAACCUUGCCAAGGAAACUGCAGAGAAACGGGAGUGCAGGAUAACUCCCCAAAACCUACUUUUGCAACUUUGGAGAGUGAAGCCUGACCUACUUAGCUUCCCAAGAUUAGGGACGUGUUGUGCCAUAAAUAUUUAUGAAGUUCUUGUUUGUAUGCACAGCUGCUAAAUUAUUUCCAGCUUCAUCCUUUGAAUAGAAUAAUGAAACCUGGAACAGUAACAAUAACACCCACCUUCCAAACCACAUCUAGAUAGGAGAGAUUCUUUCUGUCUGCAUCCUUUGGGCAAAAGACUUGGAGGGCAAUACUUUGCAAAAAGCUGACGUAUAGAUUUUGCACUUUCUUAGGGGUGACUCAGUGGAGAUCAAAACCUCUCUACAUCCCCCAAACUUUAUGACUGAUUUCCUGUGUCUGCCAAGGAUUUAAGACCCAGGAGAAUCAGUGGGUCAGAGGCUCAAAGGGAGCCAGCUUCAUUCGUGCUGCCCAGAGAUGCUUCCAAGCACACCCAUGCUAAAUGCCUUGUGCGUCUGUAACUUUGCAUACACAGAAGUCUCCAUUAAGUCAAAGUGAGAAAGUCACAUACCCAGCAGGGCUGGAAAAGGGGGUUUAACAAGAGGAGAUGACUGCCUGUAUAUGGUAAGAGAAAUGUUUCCAAAAGGCAUUUCCAAGGGCUGGAAAAAAGAUUGGUAAUACAGAUGUUCAUGCAACAAUGUACCACUCUUUGUUUGAUACCCAUUCCUUAUUUACAUUCAAAAUAUUAAUCUAAUAAAAUAUACAAAAUCCUUGCCAAGGAAACUGCAA